AAGAUGAUUUCCAGCCUUUCUUUGUUAGUGACGCGAGGCUUUCUAAAGGGUGACGUCACCGGCCAGCGGACACUGUCUCUUUAAUUUGGGUCCAGCGGGGCAGGAUCGCGUCUUUCCGCCCCUUCUCCCCUGGACUGUUUGCGCCUGCCGCAGCUGCAGCAGAUCGAAUGAGGAGCGUCGGCGGGCUGCUGGCCGCGCCGCUCCGCUUCAGCGCAGGAUGCCAGGGACGUGCAGCCGGGAUGCGUCAGUGCUUCUCGGCGCCUCGUAGGGCGGAUCGCUUGAGCCUCGCCGCCUCCCUUCGCUGCGGCUCCCGGGACCGUGAGGGACACAUCCUCUCCGCCUUGAUGGUAUCUGGAGAGCGGCGCACCGCUCCGGCGACUGGCAGCGCGGCUCUGCGGGCUUCUGAUUAGGACCUUGAGGUGGGGUGAAGGCGGGGAAGGAGGGAGGCGGUCAAGAUGGCAGCUGUGCGCGGGGUGAUGGCGCUCUGAUGUGGGAGGCUCGUUUGCUUUCGCCGCUCGGGACUGGAGAGCGGGACGCGCGUAAGAGAGCGCCGCUCGGUUUACCGUGAGGCCCCCGCUGCCCCCGUCGCUUCUUUCUCUCCCGGCUGUGCGCCACGGAAGGAAACGGCGAUGUUCUGUUAACGCUGGUCAGCGCAGUUGGCGCUGUGAGCUGCGGAUCGACGCUGGUAGACGAGCGGGACACGUGUUGGGACCGAGCUGCGGGGGUUGGAGAGGGGAGGGGGACAAAUUUGCAUACCUCGUUGCAUAGUAAAUAAAGUCCCUAAAGAAGCCUGCGCUCAACAUUGAUGGAAUGCGAGCCGAGUGAUUCUGCCGUCUCCUCCGCAUCGACAGAGAAACUGCGACCACCAUGGCGGAGGCGCCGCUCAGCAGCGACCAGCCGAACGUGGAGAUCGACCCGGACUUCGAGCCCCAGAAGCGGCCGCGGUCCUGCACUUGGCCGCUGCCCCGUCCAGAGUCCGGCGCGGGCAAGCCCGGGGCGAGCGACGCUGACGUCAUCCCCGAAGAGGAGGAUGACGAGGGCGGGAGCGCGGAGAGCGGCUCCGCGCAGAAACACGGCGACUCCGUGAAAGAGCCGAGCGUCUCCCGGCCCGUGGAGCUCCAGGGCGGCCCCCGCAAAGAGGACGGAUCCCAUUCCUCCGCGCAGAUCCCCGGCGCGGCUCUCUGCGGCUCGGCCUCCCAGCAGGUGAGGAAGUCCUCCGCCCGCAGGAACGCCUGGGGCAACUACUCCUAUGCAGACCUCAUCACCCAGGCCAUCGAGAGCUCCCCGGAGAAGAGGCUGACCUUGUCCCAGAUCUACGACUGGAUGGUGAGGUCUGUGCCAUACUUCAAGGACAAAGGCGACAGCAACAGCUCUGCUGGCUGGAAGAAUUCCAUUCGACACAAUCUGUCCCUCCAUAGCCGGUUUGUGAAAGUCCAGAAUGAAGGGACGGGGAAGAGCUCUUGGUGGAUAGUCAACCCGGAAGGCGGUAAAGGAGGCAAAGCUCCCCGUCGCCGGGCCGUGUCGAUGGACAACAGCAAGUACAUCAAGGGAGCCCGAGGACGGGCCACCAAGAAGAAAGCCUCUCUGCAAGCUGCGCAGGACGGCAGCUCUGAGAGCUCCUCCAGCCUCUCCAAAUGGACGGGGAGUCCAACGUCCCGCAGCAGCGACGAGCUGGACGCCUGGACAGACUUCCGCUCCCGGACCAACUCCAAUGCCAGCACACUCAGCGGCCGCUUGUCCCCGAUCCUGGCCAACCUGGAGCUGGACGAGGUCCCCGACGAUGACUCCCCCAUAUCCCCCAUGCUGUACUCCAGUCCCAGCAGCAUGUCCCCGUCCACAGGACCCACAGGACUCCCUGACCUGGCUGCUACGAUGAACCUGAACGACGGGCUGUCGGACAACUUGAUGGACAACCUUUUAGACAACAUCAGCCUCACUGCAACCCAGCAGGCUCCUCCUGGAGAGGAAGACCCCGGAGCCGUCAGCCAGGGAGGCUCCGUGUUUACCUUCAGCUGCGCCGGCAGUCCCUCCGGAGGCUACGGGCCGAACCCCCUCUUCAGCCCCACGUCCAUCACAAGCCUGCGGCAGUCACCUAUGCAGACCAUCCAGGAGAACAAGCAGACCACCUUCACUUCCAUCUCGCACUUUAGUGAUCACCAGGACCUGCUGAGCCUGGACUCCCCCAGCCACAACAACGUCCUGCUCACCCAGUCUGACCCCCUGAUGUCGCAGGCCAGCACCGCCAUCGCCCUGCAGAACUCUCGCCGGAACGCUAUUCUACUCCGCAAGGACCCUACCAUGGCUAAUCUCGGCGGAGUGGGCCAAAGCGCUUCAGUGCCUGGUUGGCAAGCUGGCUUGUCGACCCCCGACAGCGACAGAGGCGGCCACGCCAAUGCCAAGCCGCCGCACCUGAAGUCUCCCGGCAAGAACGCCACGAUGCAGGAGCGCUUCCCUGGUGAUCUGGACCUGGACGUGUUCAACGACAGUCUGGAGUACGACAUGGACUCAAUCAUCCGCAACGAACUGAUGGAAGCAGACUGCCUGGAUCUGAGCUUUGACUCCACCUCCACCCAGAACGGCAACAGAAACUCGGGAAGCUUCUCCGGCACAAAGCAGACCUCCCCUCAGAGCUGGGUGCCGAGCUGAGGAGUGUAAAUUUGGGUUCAUCGGCACCGACAGGGGAAAAACUGUAUUUAUGUAGUAUUUUCUUCCAAUGUUUUCAAUGUGAGGCAUUUAGUGUGGUACUGUAUUUCACGUGUCUGAGACACACACAGCGGUAUGACGGCGUCCUGCGGCCAUUGUGGAUAGGGUUAAAAAAAGAAGUACAUUUCUGCCAAACUGAGAUUAAUUCUUAAUUUUAGGGAGGAAAAAAACUUGGAAAUCUUUGACUUUUCAAACUCAAAAAUGUCCUUUUUUUUUUUUCCUAGAAAAUUUCUGAGAUUUAUCUAAAAUUUGAGGUUUUUUUCUGGAAACCUUCAACUUUUGAAUCUCAGGAAUUUUGUUUCUUAUUUUCCAAAAAAUGUUUUUGUUUUUGCGCAGAAAUGUACUCCUUCUUUCCCCCAUUUGUACAAUGGCCUUCAUAUGCCAUCGUAGGAAAAAAAAGAAAAAAAGAUUAAUAUCAGGAUGGCGGGAAGAACAGUGUUGAUGUAAAUUUUUCCGGAAAGCAUCAACUCAUGUUAGUCUCAGGGAAUCACUCGUAUCACCAUGUGAUAGGCGUAACCGAAGAUGAAUUGUGUUUUCCACCUGCUUUCUCUGCUCUUUCAUACCUAGACCAACAUUUUUUGCCAAACCAGCCGUCCGCCUCUUGCCAACGGCCUGUUUACAGGAAAAAAACCGAAGCUGCAGAGAAUGCCCCAUUAUUCCGUUCAAGUGGAGGAUACACGGAGCUUCGUUUCCAACACAUUUCCCCAACGGCGCACCGAGUCGAGUGCUAAAUAUCAUCAGCCUGUGAAGGGAUGAGGUCUUAUAAAGAUGUGAAAAGGUCUGCAUUGUGUGGUUUUUGUACCUUUUUUUUGUUUUGUUUUCUUAAACCAAAUUUUCCCCUGUGAUUUCAGUGACAGUACUGUGAAUUAUUUUCCUCUGGAAGAGGUUUAUCAAUGCAGCAGAUCCCUGCUCAACGUUUUCCAACCUUGGAAGUGAUCCUCCUGUGUUUAGGGUAGGGGGAUUUUCCCGCCAUCUGCAUUAGCAAACCCAACCAUUAGAAUCAGCCCUUGGUCGCUACAUGCCAGUGUUAAUGUUGGACGGAGUUCUUGGUGCUAUUUUAAUGAAGACAGCGGGGAGUGGCUGCAGAUGGAGCAGCCGCUCGUUUUGUUAUCAGCACUUCAGCAGGUGCUCUGGAAAAUGGGUUCUACCCUGCAAGACGAGGGUGUGUACAGUUCUAGAGCCAUCUUCUUUGCCAAUAAGAGAGAGAACCACUGUAUUUAUCAUAUUGCCAAAAUUCUUUCUGCAUAUAAAUAAGUGGGUACAUGAGGAACUACAGUGAAUAAAAAGUAAAAGUCGGUGUUCUUAAAUAAUUUCCAGCUUGACUUUUGUAGGAACCAGAGGAUGAAACUUCUUAAAUGUUUUUUUUUUUAUUUUUUAGCUAAAUUAUUUGAAUAAAAGAAAAAUAUUUAUGGUGUUUUCCAACAGCAUUGAUAUCUCUUGAGUGUAUUUUUCAUUGCUUGUCCUACUGUAACCACAAUCUAUACAUUCAAUGUUCAAGAAGGUGGUUUGGUCUGAGUAAGAACCCAAAAGUUCAACUUUUUGGUCUAAAUAUUAGCAAUCCUGAACACACUUUCCAACUCACAAUAAUGUCCUACACUGUGGUGGUCUACCAUGUUUAAAAAAAAAAAGCACAGAAAUUUGUGGUGACAUGACAAAAUAUGAACAGGUUCGAGAAAUGUCAAUACUUUUUUCAUGUCAGGUAUUGUUUUAUUUCCUUCUGCAAAUAUAGUGAGUUGUGUGUGUAUCGAAACACUGCUUUCCGAGCCAGCCUUCAUUUUGUCGUAGUUGAGAUGCAAAGGUUUGGCUGAAUUUGUUUGUUAGCUGAACAUUAAAAUCCAAACAAAAAAUACAUAUAAAUUUGUGAGACGACUCUCAACACGUUUUCUUCUGGGUGAAUGGAAAAUGUAGAGGCGAUUCGAAGUGAUUUCACUGCCUGCAUGAUUUGCUUCUCUUGCUCCUACAAAACAAAAAGGAAAGAGAAGAGGGGGGGAGGCCGAUGUAAUUCUUGUUUGCAGUUUUUCUAAAAGAAAGUAUGUGUAAAUAAAGGUCAAGAACCACUGAAACUCA